AUGAUUCCAGUGACAGAACUAUCAUAUUUUGGGGAACAAGACCCAGCAUUCAAGAUCCUGAAGCCCUGGUGGGAUGUAUUUGCAGAAUAUCUGACCCUUCUUAUGGUUCUGGUGUCAAUGUUUGGAGGGGCACUGCAGGUAUCAAACGAGCAGAUUCUGUGCAUCCCAGUGCCAGAGGGCCUCUCCAUUCAGAAACGUCAAUGGAACCACACUGUUUUGGAAGGACGUAGGCUUGAUGUGCUUGCCUCUGGAUUCCAGACUGGUCUAGAUGUUCAGCAGUAUUAUCUUAUUAAUCAGUGGUGCUAUGAUAAUGCUGUGAUAUGGUUUUCUAAAUAUUUCCCUUACCUAGUCCUUCUACAUUCUUUGAUAUUCCUCAUCAGUAGUAACUUCUGGUUUAAAUUUCCAGGCACAAGUUCUAAGAUAGAGCACUUUAUCACUGUCCUUGGGAAAUGCCUUGACUCUCCAUGGACUACUAAAGCGCUGUCAGAAACUGUGUAUGAGGAGUCUACCCCCAGGGUGCCCAUAGUCUCUGAAUCCAGCACAGAUCAAUCAUUAUCUUCUAUGAAUAGUCCACAGAAAGUUGACUCUUCUGGGUCAUUCUCACAAGAGAUUGCAUUCAGUAAUGAUGUUUAUAAAGGAGACAAGGCUUCUCUUUUGUCCAAAGGCUCUUCACAAGUUAUGAAAUCAGCUGGUGGCAUUAUGGUAGACAAUUCUUCAGUGAAAAUUCUGGAUAAAAAGGAAGGUGAGCAGGCCAAAUCCCUCUUUGAAAAAGUGAAAAAGUUUCGCCUGCAUACAGAAGAGGGAGACAUUCUCUAUACAAUGUACUUGAAUCAAACCAUUGUUCGGACUGUGCAAAGUGUAAUUAUUCUUGUCUACAUCAGCAUUUUUAUUCCUCAAAUGUGUAACAACAUCCACUGUGUCGAUGCACUGCACAUCACAGGGUUCACUGACUUCUUCUGCAUUCAUGCUUUGUGGAGAAUGUUCCAAAUGUUAUCACUGUUAUACAUUACUGCAAUAGUCUUAUAUAGUUGCACUUGUCUGUACACACUGCAUUGGAUACUUUAUUAUAAAUUGAAAGAGUAUUCAUUUGAAAAUGUGAGAGUUGAGACUGGGAUGGAUGAUAUUCCAGAUGUGAGAAAUGACUUUGCCUUCCUGCUACAUCUUAUUGAUCAGUAUGACAAACUUUAUGCCAGAAAGUUUGCGGUAUUUCUCUCAGAUGUGAGUGAAAAUAAGCUUCUACAGCUCAAUUUGAAUCAUGAGUGGACAGAAGAGCGCCUGAAGCAGCGUCUCAUCAUGAACAUGGAGAACAAAGUGGAAAUGCACCUCUUCAUGAUGCCAGGAAUCCCCAUCCAGGUUUACAACCUGACCGAGAUUGAAGUCUUAAAGCUGGAGCUCAUCAAAGGAGUCACCAUUUCUGCUGCCAUCUCCAAUCUGAAAAUGUUGAAGGAAAUGUGGUUGUACAACUGCUCCUUUAAGGUAGAAAGACAGGCACUGCUAUUCUUGAAGGAGAAUUUGAUAACUUUACGUGUACGAUUUGGUAUCGCUGAUGAAACACCCCCAUGGAUAUUUACCUUGAAGAAUUUACAUGUGCUCUAUAUUGAAGGGCAACUGCAAACUGACAGUAAAAUCUCCACAGCCCUGCAGAUGUUUUGUGAGCUGCCAAACAUAGAUACCUUGCAUCUAAAGACCAAUGUAACUAAGCUCCCAAAUGCAAUUUUAGAUAUGGCCAAUCACUUGUUGUGCUUAAUAAUUCACAAUGAAGGAGUAAAAAUAACAUCAUUAACAAAUAUUAAGAAGCUCUUUGGCCUGACUGUGCUGAGAUUGCUCCAUUGCAAUUUAGAAAGAAUCCCUAGUGCCAUCUUUAGUCUGACCAAUUUACAGGAACUUGACCUCAAAGACAACAACCUAAGUUCAAUGGAAGAGCUUGCCAGUUGUCAAAACCUCCGAAAACUCAGCUGCCUAAGAUUGUGGCAUAACAAUAUCACUUCCAUUCCUGUUCACAUUGCCAAAAUUCCAAAACUUGAAAUGCUCUAUCUCAAUAAGAACAAGAUUGAAUUCCUGUCCCCAAGUAUAUUUAAACUAACGAAACUUCUCUUCUUAGAUGUUUCCCACAAUUACAUUUCAAAGAUCCCUCCUGAGAUUGACCAACUAGUAGAGUUGCAGCAUUUUGCUAUAGAAUGCAAUAAAGUGACUGAACUUCCUGAAUCUCUCUUCUCCUGCACCAAACUGCGAGUUCUCAACCUUUCGCACAAUAACCUGACUUUUCUCUCACCCUCUGUUGGACGUCUGCGGCAACUGCAUCUCCUGGAUCUUAAAGUCAAUAAAUUGGAUAAACUUCCAGCUGAGUUGGGACAAUGCUCUUGUCUCCGGAAGACCCAGCUGUUUGUAGAGGAUGACAUUUUUAAAACAUUGCCUCUGAACAUCAGGGAGCAGAUCACAAAUACGUCAUAA